GCGGCGCAUCCGGUGUGGCGGCGCGGCCGGGGCCGGGCUCCAUGAGGGGGCCGGGGUCCCGGGUCAGGAGUUCCUGAGGGGCCGGGGAUCCCUGAGCGGGCCGGGGACAUCCCGGCGGUGCCGCGAUGUCGAUGUCGCACCUGUACGGCACGGACGGAGACGAUGGCGUGGAGAUGGAGAGCUUCGAGGUGUCGGACUGGGACCUGCAGAACGAAUUCAACCCGCACCGGCAGCGACACCGCCAGACCAAGGAGGAGGCGACCUACGGCGUGUGGGCCGAGCGAGACUCGGACGAGGAGCGGCCCAGCUUCGGCGGGAAGCGCUCCAGGGAUUACUCAGCCCCCGUGAGCUUUGUGAGCGCUGGGCUGAGGAAGGGGGCGGCCGAGGAGCUCUCGGAUGAGGACUCGGAUGAGGAUGAGAAACCUGUGAAGCAGGAGGAGAUUCCCAAGGAGUUUGUGCCCAAGAAGUUGAAAACAGGUGGAAAUUUCAAGCCCAGCCAGAAAGGCUUCGUAGGGGGCUCCAAGUCCUUCGUGGAUUUUGGCAGCUGGGAGAGACACACUAAAGGAAUUGGGCAGAAGCUCCUCCAGAAGAUGGGAUAUGUCCCUGGCAGGGGUCUGGGGAAGAAUGCUCAAGGAAUCAUCAAUCCCAUCGAGGCCAAGCAGAGGAAAGGCAAAGGUGCUGUGGGUGCUUACGGCUCCGAGAGGACCCCACAGUCCUUGCAGGACUUCCCUGUGGUGGACUCAGAAGAGGAAACUGAGGAGGAAUUUCAGAAGGAGCUCAGCCAGUGGCGGAAGGACCCAAAUGGAGGCAAGAAAAAGCCCAAGUACAGCUACAAGACAGUGGAAGAGCUGAAAGCCAAGGGCAGGAUCAGCAAGCAGCUUGCAGCCCCUCAGAAGGAGCUGUCCCAGGUCAAGGUGAUCGACAUGACGGGCCGGGAGCAGAAGGUUUAUUACAGCUACAGCCAGAUCAGCCACAAGCACAACAUCCCAGAUGACAGCCCCCAGCAGCCCCUGGGCAAGGACUCCAAGCCCCAGGGCUUUGCUCUGCCCGAGCUGGAGCACAACCUGCAGCUGCUCAUCGACAUCACGGAGCAGGAGAUCAUCCAGAGCGACCGGCAGCUGCAGUACGAGAGGGACAUGGUGGUCAACCUCAGCCACGAGAUCCAGAAGAUGGCUGAGGUGCUGUCCCACGAGGAGAAGGCCAUCAGCAACCUCAGCAAGGUGCUGGACAUGGUGGAGGAGUGUGAGAGGCGGAUGCAGCCGGGCUGUGAGAACCCUCUGACCCUGGAUGAGUGUGCAAAGAUCUUUGAGACUCUGCAGGACAAGUACUAUGAGGAGUACAGGAUGUCAGACAGGGUCGACCUGGCAGUGGCCAUAGUUUAUCCUCUCAUGAAGGAAUACUUCAAGAACUGGGAUCCCCUCAAGGACUGUACAUAUGGCACAGAGAUCAUAGCCAAGUGGAAGAGCCUUCUGGAAAACGACCAGCUGUUAUCCCACAGUGGGCAGGACCUGUCAACAGAUGCUUUCCACAGACUGAUGUGGGAGAUCUGGAUGCCGUAUGUCAGGAACAUUGUGGCGCGGUGGCAGCCGAGGAACUGUGGAUCCAUGGUGGAUUUCUUGGAUAGCUGGGUGAAUGUUGUUCCUGUGUGGAUACUGGAUAACAUUCUGGAUCAGCUCAUCUUUCCCAAGCUGCAGAAGGAGGUGGAGAGCUGGAAUCCUCUGACGGACACGGUGCCGAUCCACUCGUGGAUCCACCCCUGGCUGCCGCUGAUGCAGGCGCGCCUGGAGCCGCUGUACUCGCCCAUCCGCAACAAGCUGGCCAACGCCCUGCAGAAGUGGCACCCCAGCGACUCCUCUGCCAAGCUCAUCCUUCAGCCCUGGAAGGAUGUCUUCACUCCUGGCUCCUGGGAGGCUUUCAUGGUCAAGAACAUUGUGCCUAAACUCGGAAUGUGUCUGAAUGAGCUCAUCAUCAACCCUCACCAGCAGCACAUGGAUGCUUUUUACUGGGUGAUCGACUGGGAGGGGAUGAUUUCUGUCUCCAGCCUUGUUGGGCUGCUGGAGAAACACUUCUUCCCAAAAUGGCUGCAGGUGCUCUGCUCUUGGCUCAGUAACAGCCCCAACUAUGAAGAGAUCACCAAGUGGUACCUGGGCUGGAAGUCCAUGUUCUCAGACCAGGUGCUGGCGCAUCCCUCUAUCAAAGACAAGUUCAAUGAAGCCCUUGACAUCAUGAACCGGGCCGUGUCCUCCAGCGUGGGUGGGUACAUGCAGCCGGGCGCCCGGGAGAACAUCGCGUACCUGACGCACACGGAGCGGCGCAAGGACUUCCAGUACGAGGCCAUGCAGGAGCGGCGCGAGGCCGAGAACAUGGCCCAGCGCGGCAUCGGCGCCGCCGCCGGCUCCGUGCCCAUGAACUUCAAGGACCUCAUCCAGACCAAGGCCGAGGAGCACAACAUCGUCUUCAUGCCCGUCAUCGGGAAGCGGCACGAGGGCAAGCAGCUCUACACCUUCGGCAGGAUCGUCAUCUACAUUGACAGGGGCGUGGUGUUCGUGCAAGGGGAGAAGACCUGGGUGCCCACCUCGCUGCAGAGCCUCAUCGACAUGGCCAAGUGAGGCCUCUGUGCAAGGGGAGACCACCUGGGUGCCCACCUCGCUGCAGAGCCUCAUUGACAUGGCCAGGUGAGGCCUCCUGGGUGCCCACGUCGCUGCAGAGCCUCACAGACAUGGCCAAGUGAGGCCUCCUGCUGCCCACCUCGCUGCAGAGCCUCACAGACAUGGCCAAGUGAGACCUCUGUGCAAGGGGAGACCACCUGGAUGCCCACCUCGCUGCAGAACCUCACAGACAUGGCCAAGUGAGGCCCCACUGAGAACUGUGUCACCAGCCAGGAACAGCCUCUGGGUAACCCUUAGAAUAAAGUUCCAGGUUUGUAAAUAGUGACACUGGAGCUGGAUGCCAGGAUGGUUUUAUUUGGAAGAGCUGUUCAGGCAGUGGCCAAAGGUUGGAGAGCCAGACUUCCCAGCCCAGGAAGCCAGGCUAAGGGAAAACAAGCAGUAAUUGCCACCUGGGACACAGGUUUACCAGCAGGUUAGGAGGAAUCACAUUCUCUGCUCCAACAGCUCAGUGGGGGCUGGCCUAGCUGAGUCUCCCGAGUAGUGGCAGAUGUCACAGCUUGUGCUGGCAGUGAGUUACUGUCCCCACAACAUCCCUCACACAGCGGGCUCCUCUUUGCUGCACACAGCCAGGACCUGUCCCAACUGUCUCUGCUGUGGGACUGCAGUGGUUAAGAGCAGAGGUGAGGGAAGGAUCCUUAAGGCUUUUUUCCCUGGAGGGAGCCAACCUGGUUGUGUUCUUGGGACUGAUCAAGAGCUGAUCUCAGCAGCAAUGAGAGCUGGGGGGUUUUUCCAAGUGUGCACUGGGAAGCAGACCCCACGUCCCACUACAAACCCCUCAGAUAAUUUCCACUUCCUGAUGCUGUGAAAUGUGUGUAGAACAUGCAAAGGCCUUGAAUUGUUAUGGAAGGGGAAGGAAUCAAAGAGCAGUCACUGCAGUGUGAAAGGCUCUCAAGGAAGGUUUUGGUGGAAUUGGUUUGCUGGAGUUCAGUGAGUAUAAGUCAAAGCUCAGCUUUAUUUUUUUAUUAAAUAAAAUAUAAAAAUGUCCCAUCA